GUGUGCAGCAGUCAGGAUUGGAAGUUGCUGCCGCUGGAGCCAGGCCUGUGGGCUCAGGAACUGACUCUAAGGUUCCUCAAAGGGAAAGCCAAGUCUUUGGUCGGCCACAGCCCUUCCAGCCAACUUUGCUUUUCCCUGUUGCAGAGGAAGUCAAGCAAAGCGAAGGAGAAGAAGCAGAAGCGGUUGGAGGAACGAGCAGCCAUGGAUGCAGUCUGUGCCAAAGUGGACGCUGCCAACAGGCUUGGAGACCCUCUAGAGGCUUUCCCAGUGUUCAAGAAAUACGAUCGAAAUGGGUUAAACGUCUCCAUCGAGUGUAAGCGAGUGUCUGGACUGGAGCCAGCCACUGUGGCUUGGGCCUUCGACCUGACCAAAACCAACAUGCAGACCAUGUAUGAGCAAAGCGAAUGGGGCUGGAAGGACCGAGAGAAACGCGAGGAAAUGACGGAUGACCGAGCCUGGUACCUCAUUGCUUGGGAAAGCAGUUCGGUUCCUGUUGCCUUUUCUCACUUCCGGUUUGACGUGGAGUGCGGGGAUGAAGUCCUGUACUGCUAUGAAGUGCAGUUGGAAAGCAAGGUGCGGCGGAAAGGCCUGGGGAAGUUCCUCAUACAGAUCCUGCAGCUCAUGGCCAAUAGCACACAGAUGAAGAAAGUUAUGUUAACUGUAUUUAAGCACAAUCAUGGCGCCUACCAGUUCUUCAGAGAAGCGCUGCAAUUUGAAAUCGAUGACUCUUCCCCCAGCAUGUCUGGUUGCUGUGGAGAGGACUGCUCCUACGAGAUCCUGAGCCGGAGGACCAAGUUUGGGGACAGCCAGCACUCCCAUACGGGCGGGCACUGUGGCGGCUGCUGCCACUGAGCUCCCAAGCUAGAAUGCUCUCUCCAAGGCCUGUCCUCUCCCUGGGCUCAUGCUGCUGGCCAAGUGCCCUCAGAGCUGUGGCCUCCUCAGCCCUGCACAUGCCAGGCUGCAGCCUGAGAGCACAGAACCCUGGGGUGGAGUGGUCCGAGCUGCCCGUCCUCCGCUCCCCUAGAAGAACAGAGUGCCCUGAAGGAGCAGAAAGGAGAGGGUGCUGGGGGAAGAGCUGACGGAGGCCGGGCAUGACGUGGACCCUCUCACAGCGGCUGCCUUCUCGCUCGGCCCUUGUGCCCUUGAGCAUGAGGUUCCCCAGCUUCUCUGCAGAUGGAUUCCUGACAAGCCCCCCCUCCCCCUGCCACACACACACACUUGGACAAAUGGGGAGUUUUAUGCCCACCUUUAUAAAAGUCCCGGAGCCCUGGGUCAGGGUCUGGCUGGUCCCCAACGAGGAACGGACUGAGUGCAAGAUCUGAAUGUAGCUAUAGGCUUCACAGAGAGUCCUGUUUUGGAGCUGAAUGAUCUGAUGGAGACUGUGGGGAGGUCUUUUGUGCCACAACACUGGGAAGCCAGGGAGCUCUUUCUAGCUGUGCUUUUAUGGACCCACAGUUAGUGUGGAGGCAUCCCAGGGGACCGGCCCGAUAGGAGGAAGGCUCCAUCCCUCUCUGCCUCGCUGUUGAUAAGAGGAUGAGAGGACCCGGAACAAGGUGUGGAUGGGGGUGGGGGGGCGUCCCCCGGGAAGAGAGUUGCUUCUCUGGGUUUUCAGACUUUGCUGCAUUCUAGAUGAACCUCUUGAUCUGGCAGCGACUGGAGCUCUCCCUUCAUAGAAACAAGCCAGAGGUCCUGCCAGUUCCUCUCCAUCGCCUCCCCACCACUUGUCCUCCCCCGGCUCACCUCACGGCUCACCUCACCCGAUACCUCUAUUCUUACUCUCGGGGGGAGGAUUACAUUAGGGAGCCCCCCCAUCUUCCCCCAGAAGGAUCCCUCGUUCCUGGCCUCUUCAGUGCUAUUGCCUCUCAUAUCUUGGUGCUGAUCGCUCUCUGAAGGUGGCGCUGCCCUCCCUUUGCAGAGAGCCCCCAGCCAGCAGCAGGCACCACUGCCUGCACUCCCCAGCCUUGCCCCUUGCUGCCUCAGUGAGGCCUGGUGCCACUGCCCUGGCUGGCAGCUCAGGCUGCAGCAGGAAUGCCUCUCGGUGGCCAGAACCGCUGCUCUUCUCUCUCUCUCCAGCGUCACCCUGUGGCAGCGGACUGGGAGCAGGGCCGGCGGCCUUCCUCUUCUCUCACAGGGUAGAGAGGCUGUAGGUCAGAGCUUACACUUGCCCUGAUCUCUGGGCUUGCACCCCUUCCAGGGAAGAAAAUGACCAAAUCCUUAUCCAGGAAAAAGCACCUGCCGCCUCCCCUUGGACAUCCGUGAGCUCUGCUUUAGGGAGUGUCUUAGAGGUUCUAGCCUUUGCGGAGUUGC